AAUUUAGACUUUGUAGAACCGGGAAAGCGAGAGGAGAGAGAAUGAUAGAGGGUGCGGUGAAAUAAUAUCGGAGAGAGAAAGUAUCUGAUGCUGGAAGAGUGAGACAGUGUGUAACACGGGAGGAGAGUGACAGAGACUGAGAAAGAGUGAGAGAGAAGGGUAGAAGGAGUGAACGAUAGUGGGUGAGAAAGAGUGAGUGUGUGAGAGAGCGAUUGAUAGUGAGAGGGGAAAUAGGAGAGGGAGAGUGAUCGACUGAGUGACAGUGAGGAGUGGGAGAGGGAGGGGUAGUGACUCAGUGUGCGGGGUGGAGGAGGAGGAGGAAGCGGUAGUGAGUGGUCGCGGGCGGAGUCGAACCGAACCGAAGUUGGUGUUGGGACAACUGGAGGGGCUGGAGCCGCUCUGAGUUCACUGCCCGGCUGCGGCGGGACUCUCGGAGGUCAGGAUGGUGGCGGGCGGCAGGCGGAGGGCUGCGGUCGGCGGAGCUCCGGAACUCAGUUACUGGGAUCACGAGCCCACUGAUUACACUUUGAACGAGGAAGAACAGCGAUGCCAGUACUUGGUCAAGCUCCUCGAGAACUGCCUGUCCAGGGCUAAAAAAACGAAGCUGCACUGCUCUGAAGUUCUGGUUCCUGAGAGAAUGAUCAGCAAGAUAGCCAGGGGCAUGCUCUGCCUUGCCUCCAGCGAGCCUUGUGGGCUGCGUGGAUCCGUCGUCUACGUGAUGGUGGAGAUCGAGAGCAUGUGCAGAAAGCUAGACCGCAUUGUUUAUGACUCCACUGUUGUUCCAACUUUUGAAUUGACUUUGAUUCUUAAGGAGGACGGCAGCAUAUGGCCUGUUCUCCGAGAUUUCUUUUUCAUUGGUACCUGUUUUACCCCUGGGUUCAGGCAAGCACUGAAACUCAGUCCCGGGUUUCGCUUGAUUAAAAAGAAGCUGUACUCUUCGUCUUCAACUGGGACUGUGAUUGAAUGUUAACCCUGGUCUAACACUGAGUGGCAGCUUUACCUCACCACCAUCACCACUUUAUUCUGCGGCAAUUUAACAUCAGUGUUGCCAAUUUAGAUAGAAAUUGUUAUUACUCACUUUUUAUUGUGUGCCCUGGUUGUCAACUUGGUAAUGGCCACUGGGGUUUGAUAUUGGCUUUGGAGCUGAAGUGCCAAACACUUAGAGAUCUUCUUUGUUAUGGUUGAUCUCUCACCUUGAUGGACAGGUCAUUACAAGAUUCAGUAAAAACUCUAAUCUGAGAUGAUAAUCAUAGAGUACUAGAGUACAGAAACAGGCCCUUCAGCCCAUCUAGUCCAUGUCAGCCUGGUCUUCUACCUAGCCCUAUCUACCUGCAUCCAGAUCAUAGCCCUCCAUCCCUCUCUCAUCCAUGGACCUACACAAUCUUUUCUCGAAUGUUGUAAUUGACCUCACAUCCACCACUUCUGCCGGCAGUUCGUCCACACUCACACCACCCUCUGGGUGAAGAAGAUUUGCCCCUUCUCCAAUUCCCCUUAAAAUAUUUCUCUUUUCACCCUAAACCUAUGACCUCUAGUUCUAAUCUCACCCAUCCUGAGGGACAAAAGGCCUACAUGCAUUCACCCUAUCUAUACCAUCAUAAUUUUAAAAUCUCCUCUCAUUCUCCUGUGCUCCGGGAAAUAAAGCCCUAAUCUAUUCAGCCUUCCCCUACGUGGAGCAGAGAAUUGCCGGUCUGUUUUGGUGAAAGAUGGUGCUCCCUGGGAUACUGGGAGAACUUGCUGCUGAGGUAAUGUUGUGGGAUUGUUGCACUGAACCACUUCACCCAGAGCUCUGCUUUAUCAGCUCUUCCUACCACCUGCCCCAGUAGUAGCUCCAACUUGUGUCAGCGCUAAUGCGAAGGAACCGGUGUGGGUUGAGUUACCAGAGACUUGAGCCCGUUGUUCUGGCACUGACAAGAGCCAUGUGAUAAGCCAAGCAGGUUGUGACUGGGAAUCAGGCUACCUGCACUGAAAAGCUCCUGAAGGUCAACAAAGUGCCAAAGCUGGAAAUCUGAAAUAGAAACACAAAUUGUUGCAAACACUCCAGAGAUGCCGUCUGACCUGCUUAGUGUUUCCAGAACUUGCGGCUUUCAGAAGAUCUUGUCUGGCUUCACAAUCUUGGGUUCAACUUGCUUCCAAAUGUGCUGAAUAACUCUGGGAUAUAUGACUUGCCCUGUCUUGGAAUUUUCCGUAGAGAAGCUGGUUCAUGUAAAACCAGGUUCUACGGUCACUGGGUAUGGCUUUGUACUGGUUAUGGAUGUGAAUAUAUUGAAAACUGAAGACAUGACUAUUUAGAUAAUGGCCUGAUGUUUACAGACUGCAUGUGGUUAAUGCUCUGAGGUUUUGGGCUAACUAACACAAGGGGCGGGGAUAGUGAUGCAGUGUUAAAGAUGGGACUCUCAUUCACAUGACUAUCAUUUGCCUUUUGUAGUGCACAUGCUGCUGGCUGGUGUUGACAAUUUCGAUGAUCAGUACCUUCUAAUUUCUGAUACUGGACUCAAAAACUGGGCAUACACACUGUAGUAAUAUGGUCAUCAAAAGAAAAUGUUCCUUUUGGAGAAAACCUUGGACAAUAAAUCAGAUUUUUAU